UUCGAAGCGUGUGCGGCUUAUGUUUACGAUUUUAUUUCGUGUUCGAUUUUGUAUAAUUUAUAAUUUGGCAAAGAAAAGCAUAAUUGGUUGUAAAAAAUAUAUAAUAAGAUACCUUUUACAUAUAGUACAUAUUUUCAUAAUGAGUGAAGAUAAGGCAAAGUUAAAGGCUCUCGUCGCCGAGCGGGGAUAUAUCAAGGGGACUUUGUCACGGCUAAACAACUUUUGCCACGAUGCUGAUGCAAUGGCGGCUACCUCGCGUGAGGCCUUACGUGAAAAACGUCUUCGCAUGUCGGAGGCUUUUCAAGAAUAUAUGCAGUUAAACAAGGCGAUUUUAGUGCUGGCCGACGAGGACGCUGAAAAUUACGGCGAAUAUGAGGACAAAUAUUACGAGUCUGUUGGGCUGCUGGAUAAGGCCUGCUCGGGUCCGCAAACCGAGGCCAAACCGAAUGGCGGUGAGAAUUCUAACCCAGAGAAGCGUGCAUUGGCACUGGAAAACACCUCUGAGGAGAAGCAGCCAUCAUUUACUGCUAAGUCUACGCGAGCUCCUAAAGUCAGCGGGGUAGCGGCAGCAGAGAAGCCUCAGCCAGCAUGUCUUGCAGCGUGAAUCGCUGCCCCUCACGCCGUCUGGGCCGUUUUUAAUUAACACCUGCUUUGGAUACGUUGUCGCCGGGACUCUACCAGUUUCAUCUGGCAAGAUUUAUUCUUCUAAUCACUGUAUUAAUAUUAAAGUAAGUGAACCCGUGCAUACAUACCUAUCAGGGCAGGCAGCAAAAACAAAUUUAAUAUCUGACUUGUCUGAACCUCAAAAUGAUAAUUCAUUAUUAACACAAUGUGAUCAAGAUGCUUUAUUAUUUGAUUUAAAUAAUAAUAUUAAUAAUUUCUGGCAAUGUGAAAAGGUACCUAAUGUUUUCAAGGAGGGGUCAACAGAGUUUCAGUUAGCAGAGGAAUGCUUUAGGUCUUCUGUAAAGUUAAUUAACAAACGCUUUUCUGUGGCUUUGCCUCUUAAAUUAGAUUUGGAAAAUAUACAAUUAGGGGAUAGUUUCUCUUAUGCUCUGCAUAGAUUGUAUAAUUUAG